AUGGCCGACGCUGGCGCUGUUCCGACCUCUGCGCAGCCUGGCGUGGGUGCCUCUGCCGCCCAAAACGGCCAAGGCAACCCAACUCACCUCCCCCCGCCUCCCCUCCAUAUUCCGCAGAACACGAACCCAAUCCCGACGGCCAUCACUUCUCCCCGAUCUGGCGUUGAUGCUGGUGGAAUUCUCUCCCCGACCACCGGCUUCCGACGAGCUGCGCCUGAGCCCAACAAGCGGGCCCUCUACGUUGGUGGUUUGGAUCAGCGGGUCACCGAGGACGUGCUGCGUCAGAUCUUUGAGACCACUGGCCAUGUCCAGAACGUCAAGAUUAUCCCUGACAAGAACGCCAAGGGCUACAACUACGGCUUCGUCGAGUACGAUGACCCUGGUGCGGCGGAGAGGGCCAUGCAGACCCUCAACGGCCGACGAGUUCACCAAUCCGAGAUCCGGGUCAACUGGGCCUAUCAGUCCAACACCACGAGCAAAGAGGAUACGUCGAACCACUUCCACAUCUUCGUGGGCGAUCUAUCAAACGAAGUCAACGAUGAUAUCCUCCUCCAGGCCUUUUCUGCUUUUGGCUCCGUCUCGGAAGCUCGCGUCAUGUGGGACAUGAAGACGGGUAGAUCUCGAGGCUAUGGCUUUGUGGCCUUCCGCGAUCGGCCCGAUGCCGAAAAGGCCCUGAGCUCCAUGGAUGGAGAGUGGCUCGGAUCGCGGGCCAUCCGCUGCAACUGGGCCAACCAAAAGGGCCAGCCGUCAAUGGCUCAGCAGCAGGCGAUGCAGGCCAUGGGCAUGACUCCCACCACUCCCUUUGGCCACCACCAGUUCCCUGCCCACGGAAUCGCUAGUUACGAGAUGAUCCUUGCGCAGACGCCAAACUGGCAGACUACGUGCUAUGUGGGCAACCUCACCCCGUACACCACUCCCAACGACGUUGUCCCCCUGUUUCAAAACUUUGGCUUUGUCGUGGAAUCGCGAUUCCAGGCGGACCGUGGCUUUGCCUUUAUCAAGAUGGACACGCACGAGAACGCGGCCAUGGCUAUUUGCCAGAUGAACGGAUACAACGUCAACGGCCGACCAUUGAAGUGCAGCUGGGGCAAGGACAAGACUCCCAACUCUGGAUCGUUUGACCCUCAGCAACAGCCAUACAGCCCCCAGACCUCCCAGGCCCCGGGCUUCCCUGGUACUCCCACGUACUACCCUCAGUAUGGAGCGCAAUACAACGGACAGCAGGGCAACUUUGGUGGCCCGCAAGCUGGAUCACCCGCGGGAUACAGCGGCUCCCCCAUGGGAUAUGGUGGCCCUCAGAGCGCCGGAGGAUACGGCCGUGGCCACCAGGGUCCCAAUGCUCAAUGGAACCAAAACCAGGGACAAAACUUCAACAAUGGUUUCGGCGCCUAUCAGUCGUAG